AUGGCCGCCGCCGCCCGCAUGCUCAGACAUGCGCUGCCUGUGUCCCAGGGCCAGGCUUUGCCAGCCCCAGGGACAGAGGCACCCUACGCGGGCUCGCGCAGACUCGCGCAACGAUACGAGUACAAGGGCACUUCUUUUUCGGGCAUGGUGGAACUCCAUCCUCAGCGCCUGCUGACUCGGGAGGAGUUCAAGACGAACUUGCUGGCAGCACCAGGCGUGCCGAAGGUCCUGGACAAGAGUUCCAAGACCUCGCAAGGCAACCGAGGCGACCACGUCUUCGAGCAGAACCUGGAAGUCCACCUGCACCGCGAGCCCCAUGUAGCUCUGGAGUUCGAGAUCACGCGGGACAACCACAUGAAGCACAUGGAGGGGCGCCCUUACACUGAGACAGCGAUGUUCAAGGCGACCGCCUCUGCGGCGCGGGUGGAACCCUGCCCCACCGAGUCGGCCUCUAUGAGUCAGGGUGGCCGCGGGGUCCCGCUUGAGCCAGGCUUUGCCAGUUCUGCGGGGGUGGGGGCUUCGAUAAAUCAGGGCGGCGCGACCAGGCCUCCUGCCAAGAAGAGUAAAGCGGCGCCCGGGGGUGCCGCGAUCGCCCCUGCGGCGCAGGUGAGCGGGGGGGCGCGUCAGGCCUCCUGCCCGGAGGGCCUCAACUACUGCGAGGCUGGGGUCACGGAGCUGAGAGCGUUCGAGCGGGACGGGGACAUCGCAUCGUUGGUCAAGGCCCAGGACCUUCUGCUCAAGGGGAUCGAGCGCAUCUCGGACGUCUUUCCUAAGGGGCGCGAUUUGGACGGCACCGAGUACGAGACGCUAGGUGCGGAGUUCAACCGCUUCGUGGAGAUCGCGGAGGAUGCGCGCGUGCGCAUGCGGACCGAGUUGGAGGCGGCAAGGAGGCCAGCGGGCGGGGGGCAAGCGGUGGCAGGCGAAGCCCAGGGGUCGGGGCCAGGCUUUGCCAGCCCGGCGACCCAGGGGCAGAAAAACGAGGACAAGGCGGAUGCGGAGAAGACGCCGCCAGGGUUCGACCCCGAAGCCGAUUGGGCAGAGGAUGCGGCAGACGUGCACCAGUUCGACAUCGCGGCUGACCUGCGCGAGGAGCUGGCCGAGAAGCCCGAUGGGGGCCCGGCCGCCGCCCGUGAGUCCAGGGAGGUCCGCGCUGCACUCGGCGCCGAAGUUCCCCCCAUCCCGGAUUUUUUGAAGCUUGCGCAGGGUCAGCCGAUGGCCAGCAACGCCGCCCUGGAAGAUGUUCGUGCUAUGAAGAGUCGCGGUGUGGAGCGCGUGCGGUGCCGAGUCAUCGACGGGCCCGACGAUCCCGAGGUGCAGGACAACAUCGACAGCAUGCGCCGCGAGGCCUGGGAAAAGCACGAGGAGCGUCGGAGGACAUGUGCCCGCGGCGUGGACACGCGGGACAUGUUCUUGGGCAGCGAAUUGGUGUGCGUCAAGCUGGUCAGUGCCGGCGCGGUGCCCAUGACUCCGAACGAGUUUUUGAAUGCGGGCAGCGAAUUGGUGUGCGUCAAGCUGGUCAGUGCCGGCGCGGUGCCCAUGACUCCGAACGAGUUUUUGAAUGCGGCGUCUAAGAG